AUGGCCUUUAGGCAUCAUUCUUCAAGAAUUUCUUCUUCUUCGACUUCACUCUCAAUCAAGUUCUCUGCGAUCUUAACCUUAGUUAUCUUCUUCUGUCCUUAUUACUGUGUCUUCUUCUCCCGGUUCAAACUGUCGCCGGAGACUUCAUCGCCGGAAAAUUUUCCGUUCACCGGAGAUCUUCGAGACUUGGCAUUUCCUUGGAACAAACUCUCCUUUGGACCCAUUUCGGAGAAGCUAAGGCUCGCGGUUUUCUGCAAAUCAUGGCCUAUCGGUUCGAUCCCGGGAGGGAUGGAGCGUCAUGCGUUCACUCUCUACACUUCUCUCGCCUCGAGAGGCCACGAGAUUCAUGUUUUCACGGUUUCUUCCGACGCAAGAAACAGCUAUAGUGAGCUUCGAGAUAACGGGAAUCUCCGUAUCCACUUCGUCCCAAACGAUCAUGGAUCUCUGAACUGCUCAUUAGCUUUCGAGAUCUUCAACAGAAUCAACGAUGAGAAACUCUUCGAUUAUGUUCACACGGAGAGUGUCGCCCUUCCUCAUUGGCGAGCAAAGAUGGUGCGCAAUGGAGAUGUUGCUGUGACAUGGCAUGGGAUAUGGUACGAGAUCAUACACUCCAAGCUGUUCCAAGAGCUUUUAUGGGGCAAGAAUUCCCCAAAAAUCUCGGGUUCUGAUCUCCGAGAAGCGAUCCCGAGACUUGUCGAUGAGAUCAGCUUCUUCCCGAGCUACAAACACCAUAUCUGCAUUAGCAAAAGCGCAGGAGAGAUCUUGGUUAACAUCUAUCAACUUCCUCGUGAAAACGUCCACGUCAUUCUCAACGGCGUCGACGAAACGAAAUUUGUGCAUUCUCCUGAAGCUGGAGAAAGAUUCAGGAAAAAACAUGGAGUUCCUGAUGAGAAGGGUAACUUAGUGAUGGGAGUGUCUGGAAGAUUAGUGAGGGAUAAAGGGCAUCCGCUUCUAUACGAAGCCUUCUCGUUGAUCUCGAAACGAUACCCAAAAGUCUAUCUUCUGGUCGCGGGUUCGGGUCCCUGGGGAAAAAGGUAUGAAGAUUUAGGCGAAAACGUUAAGGUCUUGGGAGCUUUAGAACCCGAAGAGCUUUCUGAUUUCUACAACGCUCUCGAUGUUUUCGUGAAUCCGACUCUAAGGCCUCAGGGACUUGACCUGACACUGAUAGAAGCAAUGCAGUGUGGGAAACCCGUGGUGACGCCUAAUUAUCCGAGCAUUGUCGGGACUGUUGUAGCGAACGAGAGCUUCGGGUAUACGUUUUCUCCAAACGUGAGAUCUCUUGUAAAGGCAUUGGAUUCGGUCGUCGGAGACGGGAUUAGGGUUUUGGAGAUGAAGGGAAAGGCGUGCAGGGAACACGUGGUUUCGACGUUCACAGCGACGAAAAUGGCUUCGGCUUACGAGAGAUUCUUUCUGUGUAUGAAGAAGGAGAGAUUUUGCAGAUACCCUCUGCCUACAGAUCUUUGAAGUUUCUCGUUUCGUUGCAGUUUCUAGUUUCUUGCGUUACAAGCAAACUGUCUCUGAUAUCUGCAUAUGUAUACGGAUGGAUUCAGACCCAAAA